AUGUACGAAUCCCAGAAGCCCCAGGCCAGCGGCUCGGACAAGUGCGAAUCCCACGCCCAGCAGUGGGCUCGCGGCGAGAUAAUGGGCAGCGCGCAGAACUGGGCCCGCUACCUGUCGGACAUGCCCGCCAACAAAAUGACCCCCAUCGAUGUCGCCGAGGAGGCGUUGCGGGUGCUCUGCCCGCUGGGUAUCCAGGUGCAGGUGCGCGAGCGCGAGUGGGCGGCGGCGCAGCGCAUGGAGGCCUUCCUGGCGGUGGCCAGGGGCUCCUGCGAGCCGCCCGUGCUGCUCGACUGCUCGUACGAGGCCGCCGGCGGCUCCAAGGCGCCGGUGCUGCUGGCCGCUAAGGGCGUCACCUUCGACUGCGGCGGCCUGUGCCUGAAGAGGCCCGACGAGAUGCGCGAGAACCGCGGCAGCAUGGCCGGCGCGGCGGUCGUGCUCGCCGCGCUCAAGGCCGUCGCCCACCUCAAGGUCCCGAUAAACAUACGCGCGGUGAUACCGCUGUGCGAGAACCUGAUCAGCGGCCAGUGCAUGAAGGUCGGGGACGUGGUGCGGGCUCUGAACGGUACCACCAUACAGAUCGAGGACACGGACAUGGAGGGGCGGCUGAUGCUGGCGGACGCCCUGGUCUACGGCCAGGCCGCGUACCGACCCUCGCUGGUGGUGGACGUGGCCACCCUAACGCACGGCGUGCUGCUGGCCACCGGCGGGGGGGCGUUCGGGUGCUUCGGGCGGGGCGAGGGGGCGUGGCGCGCGCUGCAGGCUGCCGGCGCCGCCGCGGGCGACCGCCCCUGGCGGCUGCCGCUCUGGGACUACUUCCAAGGCCAGCUAGUGGAUGACCCAUCCGUGGACCUGAGGAACAAAGGUUCCGGCACGGCCACACCGUGCCUCGGCGCAGCAUUCCUGAAGAACUUCGUGUGCGGCGAGUGGCUACACCUGGACGUGACCGGCGUGGGCAAGCUGGCCCACGCGGUUGCCCCGCCCUACCUGCACCGGCGGCGGAUGAGCGGCCGCCCCACCAGGACCCUCGCCUACUUCCUAGACCGCCUGUCCCACAGCCAACAGGAGACUAAGGCC